CAUACAGCGGGCAAAAUGUCGUGCUUUGGACGUACGUACAUUAUGAUUUGGAGCAAUGUUUGUAUUGUAUGCAGUACAGUAAUUCGUGUUUGGGUGGCAGUAAUGCACACCAAGAGUUGUUGGCCAGCUGGGAAUGGGAAUCGAAGAAGUACUGCUUAGCCUGCUGGUUGUCCAGGUAACCAAUACACAGCAGCCUGUCUUCAGAUAUUGGAACUUUUCUCUGUCGUUUGACGUAAAUUUAAGCCAUUACACAAGGAACUUGUUGAAUAUGCCGACUAGUAACGUAACAGCGCCUGCGAAAAAGAAGGUACCUGGCGCAAAGUCACAAAAAGCUGCUAAUAAAAGAAAGGAGGAGGAGGAUGACAAUGGUGAUUAUGGCUGGGAAGAAAGGGCCCAGGGGAAACUUAUUAAACCUGCAGAUCAACUGGAGCUCACUGAUGCUGAACUGAAAGAGGAAAUCACAAGGCUCCUGACAGCAAAAAAUCCACAUGCCCCUCAAAAUAUUGUCCGAUACAGCUUCAAGGAAGGUGCGUUCAAGCUCACCAGUGUGGUUGAUCAGCUGGCUGUGCACUUUGUUUUGGAUGGUUGUCUCAUACAUCAGGACUCUGAUGAGGCUCGUAGGCUGGCAGCCAAUGAAGACUUCCCUGAAGAGACAGCAGCAGUCGAUACUGGACCAGAGGAAGAGAAACCAGAAAUAUUGGAUGCAUCUGGGGAUGGAGGUGAGGAUGAUGAUGCUGGAGAAGACGACAGACCAGACAGUGUUGCCUCCAAAACAAACAAUCAAGAGCCAAAAUGUACGAACCAGUUCAACUUCAUCGAAAGAGCCUCUCAAACCCUCAAUAACGCACUGCGGGAUAGAAGCUGCCAGACUGUACCUCCACCGCGCUGCAACUACUCCGCCACCGCUAGUCAGUGGGACAUAUAUGAUGCCUACAUGGAGGAGCUGCACAAACAAGAAAUGAAAAAAGAGAAACAGAAAUCAAAGAAAGAUGGUGACAAAAACAAAAAAAAGAUUAUGCUCGUCGAUACACAGAGUGAUGAAAACCACCAAAUGACCACUGCAAUCAAGCUCUUGGAACGAAUGGUCAAUCAGAAUACAUGUAAUGAAAUAGCACAAGAUUUUAAAUACUUUGAGGAUGCAGCAGAUGAAUUCAGGGAGCAGGAGGGCACUCUUCUCCCCCUCUGGAAGUUCCAGUAUGACCAAGCCAAAAUGAUGUGUGUCACUGCCCUCUGCUGGAAUGAAAAAUAUCCAGAUCUGUUUGCUGUGGGAUUGGGAUCAUAUGACUUCAGCAAACAGGGCCGUGGGAUGCUUCUCUUCUACACACUGAAGAACUCCACCUUCCCUGAGUACAUCUUCCCUACAAGUUCUGGCGUCCUGUGCCUGGACAUCCAUAAGCAACAUUCCUACUUGGUGGCUGUAGGCUUCUAUGAUGGCUGUGUGUGUGUGUACAACUUGAAGAAGAAGGGACAGGACCCUGACUAUAAGAGUACUGCUAAUACUGGCAAGCAUACCGACCCUGUCUGGCAGGUACGCUGGCAAAAUGAUGACAUGGACAACAACCACAUUUUCUAUUCUGUGUCCUCUGAUGGCCGUGUUGUGUCUUGGACGCUCAUUAAGAAUGAGCUGGUCUUCUCAGAUGCUAUCAGGCUAAUGCUGACUGACACAGUGUCUAAUGGGCCAGAUGGUUUUCAGGAGCUCACCACUGCUGGCGGUACAUCCUGUGACUUCCACAAACAGAUCGACUCUCUCUUCCUUGUUGGCACUGAGGAAGGUAAAAUACACAAGUGCUCCAAGAAUUACUCGAGCCAAUAUCUCGAGACCUAUGAUGCCCACAACAUGGCAGUGGAUGCAGUGAAGUGGAAUCCCUACCACCCAAAGGUUUUUAUAUCUUGCAGUUCUGACUGGACCGUAAAGAUCUGGGACCAUACUGUCAACAUUCCAGUGUUCACUUUUGAGCUCAAUGCAUCAGUUGGUGACGUGGCCUGGGCGCCGUACUCCUCCACUGUCUUUGCUGCUGUCACCACAGAAGGAUCGGUUCAUGUGUUUGACCUGAGCAUCAACAAGUAUCAGGCUAUCUGCCGGCAAUCAGUGGUGGCCAAAAACAAGACCAAGUUGACUCACAUUGAGUUUAAUCCCAUCCAUCCCAUCAUCAUAGUCGGUGAUGACCGAGGCACCGUCACCAGCCUCAAACUCUCCCCCAACCUCCGCAAGAAACCAAAGUGCAAAAAGGGUCAAGAGUUGCCUGAAGGUCCUGAAGUGGAAUUCGCCAAGAUGGAGAAGCUCCUCAGCCUAUUGAAGGACCCUAAGCAGAGUACAGUUUAAACAAGUCCCCAUGGUAUCCUUUCUGUUUAUUCAGUGAGUGCAACAAAAUAAGAACACUUUUUGCCAAGGAAGUCGUUUUUUUUUGCCAGCAAUUGUUUGUUAACCUGUAAAUGAAAGAGUAUAGGAAUUACAAAGUAGAGCAUUGGCAAUAUUUGUGUACCACUGUAAGUAUACAUGCAUCCAUGAUAUUGAGAGUACUAUAAUACUGUAGUAGUGCAUGGCUUUGUGGGCAUAUUGUCCUUUUUUUCGCAGCCAAGCAUCAAGAUGAGGGCUAUUGUUUUGAUUACUGUUAUUUAACUGGAUUAAAGAAAAACUACACAACCAAUUAAAGUGGAAUAUUGAGGAGGGAUAGCACACAAUCUAAUAAUAAUAGGUAUUAAACUUUGGCACAGACACAAAUGGUAAUAAAGAAUUUACUUUUGCCUUUGAGUCACACUGGAGCCAUUCCUCUUGGCAUGGAAUGCAUAUGGUAGCCCUGUCUGUCUUUUUCUUACCUCAUGUGUCAUUCUUCUUGAACCAAGAAGUAGCUGGUAGCCUUCUUACAAUCUCCUAAUUUUUUCACAUGACUUUUGUGGCUUCCCUCUGUCACUGUUUUUUUCGAUUAUAUUCAUUAAAACAAUCCU